GCGAAAAAUGGCGCUGACGUGAGCGUGAGCCCGCGGCCACCGAAGGAGUCGCCGCAGCCUUAGCUGGAGCCGCCGGAGUCGCGGGAACAAGAGGCCGAACCAGGCCGAGGAUGGAGGAGGAAACCUCGGGUCCCAGCCCGGACAUGCCGGCCACUGCAGAGCCCAGCUCCAGUGAGACCGACAAGGAGGUGUCCCCAGUUGUGGCUGCUGUAGCCACCUCCUCUUCCAUGGGGGAGGAGCCAGGCUCUGACCAGGCAGCCACACCCCCAAUGUGGGAACGUGGAGGGCUUGGAGGGACCCAGCAGGGUGCCUCCCCAGCCCCAGACAGUGGCCAUGCUGGCCCUGGACCCGGCCUUGGCCUGACCAGCACUGUCUCCGGAACCAGUGAGGACCUGCGGCCUCCCAGACGACGCCCACCACCAGGGAAGCAGAUACCCUGCUCCAGCCCUGGCUGCUGCCUCAGUUUCCCCAGCGUUCGAGACUUGGCACAGCAUCUGCGUACCCACUGCCCACCCACACAGUCCCUGGAAGGCAAGCUCUUCCGCUGUUCCGCCCUGAGCUGCACCGAGACUUUCCCCAACAUGCAGGAACUGGUGGCACACGGCAAGCUGCACUACAAACCCAAUCGCUACUUCAAGUGUGAGAACUGCCUCCUGCGCUUCCGCACGCACCGCUCCCUCUUCAAGCACCUGCAUGUUUGCGCCGAGCAUGCGCAGAGCCCAGCCCCGCCGCCACCCCCCGCCCUCGACAAGGAGCCACCAGCGCCCGAGCGCCCCCCAGAGUCCGACCCUGCGUCGGCGCCUGGGCUACAGUUCCCGCUGCUCGAGCCGUUCACGACCCCUGCCCCUGCCCCCACCGGGCCCUUCCUGCCCUACUUGAACCCCGCGCCUUUUGGCCUAAGCCCCCCACGCCCGCGCCCCUUUCUGGCCGCCGCUCCCGGGCCGCCCGCCUCCAGCGCCGCAGUCUGGAAAAAGAGCCAAGGUGCCGGCGGCAGCCCGCGAAGACCCCAGGGCGGCUCCGAUACGCCCGCAGGUGCGUGCAGGGCACGCGGCCCCGAGCCGCAUUGUGUGGGAGCACACGCGCGGUCGCUACUCGUGCAUGCAGUGCGCCUUCUCCACGGCCUCGCGGCCCGCCAUGACCCUACACCUGGAGGACCACCGCCCCAUCGCCCCCGCGGCCCCGUCGCACGGGCAGCCGCGCCCCGACGCGCCGGCGGCGCAGCUGCUGUGACUCCUCGAAGUUGAACAGCUCCAAGUUCUGAAGGCCCUUCAGCUUCUCCUGGGAAGGGCAACAGGGAGAUCUGGGCACCCUUUGGACGUGUCCCACCUGGACCCAGGAGCCGGCCUGCCUGCCUGCCUGCCCCACUGCCCUCAGCCUCACAAGGGGCUUCAGGGCUCCAGUGUCCUUGAUGGGGUUGCAGCUGAGUCACAGGUGGCUCAGGCCAGGCGUCCACUCCGCCAGCACCUCCAGGCCCCCACUGAAGCGGCUGUCACUCAGCACCCGCUGUAGGGCCAGACGGGCCGUCAGGGAACCCUGGGGCUCAGUCCCCCUGUGAGCUCCCCUCCCCCUUCUCAGCCAGAAGCCUUGGAACCACAGCUGGGUGAUCCUGGGGAAGACUCAACCUCUCUGCAUCUCACUUUCUCACUCCUUA